AUGAUUGACGUUAAGCUGCUGCGAGACGAGAAGACAAGGAGGGAGGUGUACGAAUCAGAAAAAAACAGAUUUAAGGAUCCAGAAAAUGUGAUUAGGGCAUAUGAAUUGGAUCAACUGAAAAUCAAAAUGAUGUACGAAAAGGAGAAGAUCGCGAAGGGAAUGAAUGAGGCAUGCAACGAGAUGAAAAAGAGAAUGAAAAAGGAAAAGGAGAGCUUAAGGAAGGUAGGAGAAAGCAUUGGAGUCGGGAUAGAAAAAGUGAACAUUAAUGAACACAGCAAGGUAUGCAUGGACGAGCAAAACACAACUGAGGAGACAUGCCCGCCAUCUAGUGAUAGUGAGGCGCUAAAAGAGAGUAUUGCGACACUGAAAACAAGAAAGGCUGUAUUAGAAGUAAGGAUAAAGGAGAUGGACGAAGAACUGAGGAAAAUCCUGAAGAACAUCGGCAAUGUUCUACACAAGGACGUUUUUGUGAGCAAGGAUGAGGAGCAUAACCCUGUGAUAUCCAAAUAUGAUAGUGGAAAUAAAAGGAAUGGUAAAUUGGCGUACUACGAUGUAAUGGAGCGGUUGGGAUGUGUUGACAUGAAAAGGGGCAGCAAAGUGAGUGGGCAUAGAGGAUACUUCCUUUUUGAGGAGCUAGCGCUUCUCGAAAAUGCGUUAGUGCGCUAUUCGAUCGACUUUCUACGCAGCAAGGGCUACAUGCUGGUGCAAACACCUGUCCUUUUGAACAAAGAUGUAAUGAGCAAAACGGCACAACUGAGUGAAUUUGAUGAACAGCUAUAUUCCGCAGAUGAUCAAUACCUUAUUGCUACCUCUGAGCAGCCGUUGACGGGUCUUUACAUGAAUGAGCGCCUCCUUCCCGAGCAGCUGCCCAAAAAACUAUGUGGGCAGAGCCUUUGCUUUAGGAAAGAGGCAGGAGCUGCCGGUAAAGACAACAAAGGUAUUUUCAGGGUGCAUCAGUUUGAGAAAGUCGAGCAGUUCGUGGUUUGUGCACCCGGUGAGAGCGAGGAAGUGCACCAGUCAAUGCUUGCGAUAAGUGAGCAGUUUUAUCAGUCGCUUGGCCUAGAUUACCGGGUGGUGUCCAUUGUUUCGGGCGAAAUGAACGAUAGUGCGUGUCUUAAAUACGAUUUGGAGGCGUACUUUCCCCACUCCAAAAGGUACAGGGAAUUGGUGUCCUGUUCGAAUUGUACGGAUUACCAAGCGCGAGACCUCGAGGUUAGGUACGGCAUCACCAAGGAGAAUGACAAGAAAUUAUACUGUCACAUGCUUAAUGCCACGUUAUGUGCUGUGCAGCGAACAUUGUGCUGUUUAGUGGAGAACUACCAGGACGAGGAGGGCAUUAAAGUGCCUGAUGUCUUGGUGAAGUAUUACGGCGGUGAAGCAAUCAAGUACGUUAAUUAA